AUGUCAAGAAGAGUUGUUGUGACCGGAUUGGGCUGCGCUACACCAUUAGGUAAUACCCUUCGAGAGUCAUGGAAAAAUUUAUUAAAAUCCAAGUCUGGAAUCGUGCCUAUUACAUCAUUGGAAAACUAUGAAUCAGAUUAUGAACCAUUUGCAAAACACAUCCCAAGAACUAUUUCGGUAGGAAGGAUUCCCACUCCAACAGAGAGUGAUCAGCAGGAACUUGAUCAAUUAUUUACCUCCCAGGAGGAACGAAGAUAUUCGAAAUUUAUUAAACUAGCUAUACAAUCUACCUAUGAGGCCUUGAAGAGUGCUAAUCUAUUAACACACAAAUCAUCCCCUUCGAAUCCCGAGAUUGAUAUAACGCAUUGUAAUAUGGAGAAAUUCGGUUGUGUGAUAGGGUCCGGAAUAGGUUCCAUCAGUGAUAUAUAUUCAACAACUCUUCAAUUUCAAAACGGUAAGAAAAUAUCACCCUAUUUUGUUCCGAAGAUCUUAACUAAUAUGGCGGCUGGUAACGUCUCAAUUAAGUUUAAUCUACGGGGACUGUCACACAGCGUUUCGACAGCAUGUGCAACUGGGAAUAAUUCCAUUGGAGACGCGUAUAACUUUAUCAGACUUGGAAUGCAAGAUAUCUGUGUAGCAGGUGCCAGUGAAGCAAGCAUACACCCAUUAAGUUUGGCGGGAUUCUUGAGGGCAAAGAGCAUUACGACAGAUGGAAUUUCCAGACCUUUCGAUUUAGAGAGAAGUGGAUUUGUUCUGGGGGAAGGUGCAGGGAUGGUUGUGCUAGAAUCAUUGGAGCAUGCUAAGAAAAGAAAUGCGAAGAUAUUUUGCGAGAUCAAGGGCUAUGGUUUAAGCAGUGAUGCCUAUCAUAUAACCUCACCUCCAUCAGAUGGUAAUGGUGCCAGAAGAGCAAUGGAUAUGGCCAUUAAUUCCUCUAGUAUUUCAAGGGACGAAAUAGAUUAUGUAAAUGCACAUGCCACAUCAACACCAGUGGGAGAUAUCACAGAAGUAAAAGCAAUAUAUUCAUCCUUCAUAAAUGAGAAUAUCUUUGAUAAAUCCAAUACCAGGACGAAGCCAUUAUAUGUUUCCAGUAAUAAAGGUUCUAUCGGACAUUUAUUAGGAGCUGCUGGUGCCGUGGAGAGCAUAUUUACUAUAAUGUCAUUGAGAGAAAAAAUAAUACCUCAUACGUUGAAUUUAGCUCAUCCAAUAGAAGAAGUCAGUUCGGAGUUGUUAGAACUGGUAAUGGAUGAGCCCGCAUCACCAAAACAAGUAAAUUCUGCUCUUUGUAACAGUUUUGGGUUUGGUGGUGUUAACACAGCGUUAUUAUUUAGUAAAUACAACAAUUGUUAG